UGUCAUUUUUGCAAAAAUGGAAUUUAUGUGACGGGUUAAAUUUUCAUGGGAAUAUUUUAGUUCUUGGAAGGCAAAUUCUUACGGAGGAUGGUGAAAUAUUUUCUCACACAAAAAAAGAAAUUAUACACAUUCAUACGAAUAGAGUUCGAAUUAAUGAGUUAAAAAACAUGAGAAUUUUACUAAAUCAAGACACAGAAGAAGUUAGUAUUCGUUUACAUUUUUCUCUUCUCCAGGUAGAAUAUAGAAAUUAUAAAAUUGUUGAUGAAUUUACUGAAAAAAUUAAGAAAGCAUUAAAUAAUCCAGAUCAAAAAUCAGUUCGUGAGACACUUACAAACCUUUUUGAGGAAUAUGGUGAAUUUAUAGCCAUUAAUGUGGAUAUUGGCGGUGCGCUUAUGAUUUUAUAUAUUAUUUAUAUUAUAUUUAUUACAAUAUAG